AUGCACCACCAGACAACGAAGUUGAGGAAUCAACGUGCCAAGAUGUCGAUAUUCGGUAGAUUUUCUAUAAUCGACACGGUCAUCAUGAUAUUGGUCUAUGUCGAGACCGUGUUGGCACUAACGCUAAGACUGGUCCCACAGCCAAUAAUAUCGUUUGGUACAUGGUUAAUAAACCUAUCAGAAACCUCUGAUGAGUACACGAUGGAGCAAAAAAUCAGGCAUGCCGCUACUAUCCAUGAAAUUUGCCGUCUUUUUGAUAUAGAUGUCGAAGACCAUCUCGUUAGGACAGAGGACGAUUACAUACUUACGAUUCACAGAAUCCCGCCAAAGAGACGUAUAUACAACGGUAGAGUUGUUUACUUACAUCAUGGACUACUAAUGUGCUCGGACGUUUGGGUUUGUAAUUUAGAGAGAAAUAAAAAUUUGCCUUUUGUUUUACAUGAUCUAGGAUUUGAUGUUUGGAUGGGUAAUAAUAGAGGUAACAAGUAUUCAACGGCACAUCUUUUGAGAGUACCGAAAUCCAAAAAGUUUUGGGAUUUCUCCAUUGAUGAGUUUGCUUUCUUCGAUAUACCAAACUCGGUCCAAUUCGUACUGGACCGUACCAAGGUGGAACAAUUGAUUUGCAUUGGAUUUUCACAAGGUUCCGCUCAAAUGUUUGCUGCAUUCUCUUUGAGUGAGGAACUAAAUAGGAAGGUUUCUCAGUUUAUCGCUAUUUCACCUGCCAUGACACCCCGAGGACUACACAACAGAAUUGUAGAUGCUAUGGCCAAGUCAUCACCGGGAUUAAUGUAUCUUUUUUUCGGUCGUAAAAUUGUUUUACCUACCGCUGUGCUUUGGCAAAGAACUUUACAUCCUAAGCUUUUCAAUCUUGGCGUUGAUUUGGGUUGUCGAUUGCUGUUUGAUUGGAACGCGAGAAACAUCACUGCAAGACAAAAGCUGGCUUCCUACGGCAAAUUAUAUUCCACAACAAGUGUUAAAUCAAUUGUUCAUUGGUUUCAAAUUUUACAUUCUCAGAAGUUUCAAAUGUUUGAAGAAUCAGACGACAUAUUGAACUCCCUACACAGACCGUAUGAGGUCGCCACAUUCCCAACGAGAACAAAUAUAAAAAUACCUAUUCUUCUAAUCUAUGGUGGCAGUGACUCAUUGGUUGACAUCAAAGUAAUGAAAGAGAAUCUGCCAGCAAAAAGGGUGUUUGAUAUCAGAAUUGAUGAUCACGAGCAUUUAGAUUUGUUGUGGGGGAAAGAUGUUGACACAUUAGUCGUUUUGAAUGUAAUAAAAUUCAUUCAAUUUUUCGACGAACCAGUCAAAAUUCCCUUAUUGGAGGCUCAAAAGGAUGUCCUUGAUUUACCUUCUCCAAGAGCACUCGAUUCCAACUCGGGUACAAAUGAGGAUAACGAUGACAACGAUGACAACGAAUCACAAACGAUAUCCUACCACAAAUAUAACGAUGACUACUCCAAUAAAAAUGGCAUGAACGAAAUCAGCAAAAUAUUCUCUAAACAGCAGAGGAUGCUAAGUGAAUCGUUCCUAGACGAACUACGUCUAUGA